AUGUCAUCCUCCGAGACCUCUCCCUCUCCCGAGCCUGCGCCAUGGUCCUCGGCGAUCGGCCAUGCUGGCACUGGAAAAUCAGGCAGAGUGAUUGAGCGGCUACAAGGCGACAUAGAUCGGCUGCGAAGGGACAAACAAUUGCUUCAGACACGCUAUGAGGAGGCUGAGAAGGCCAAUGAAUUGAUGGUCUCGCGAAACCAGUCCCUCCAAGACCGCAACAGCAACUACGAACAAUCCCAUGAAGCAAAUCUCCGACAGCUGGCGAGGAAGGAAAGACAAGUGGAGGAGCUACGUGAAGAUCUCCGAAAAGAGAAACUGAAGACAGCAAAAGCAGAGGCGCAUGCAGAGGUGGCAGCAUCCAGCGAAGAGUCCUGGCGACGUCAAGCAAGCCAGGCUAAGGCCUCUGCUGCACAGAGAGAAGCAGAAUACGAAACAAUUGUGGCAUGUCGCAAGAUGGAUUAUGAUCGACACCAAAGCGGAUUGGAUAAUAUCAAAAGCAGCUUCGAGACCUUUCUGCGCCGACAGGAGGACGAUCUGGAGAAGCAGAAGAAAUUGGAAAUCAUUGCCGAGCAGCAGCGGCAGACAAUCGGCCAGCUGGAGGACCUCACCAAGAGGCUGACCACGAAUUUCAAAGCUUACAGGAACGAGAUCGACUCGGCCAUUACUCAGCUCCGAGAGGCAGCGCAGAACAACGAUCAGGCUAUUGACCAGAAGCUGGAUGAGCUGAGUGAGGUGACGAACAGAAUGCGAUGGGUUAUGAACAUUGACCAUGUCGUCAAUCAUCAUGGUGCUCCAGGACAGCCGACCGCCCCAAUUCAAAGUAGAUCAGCCAGCAAGGUUUCCGGCCUGGAUGGAUGGCACUCGGAGCCUAAGAGAAGAAGCCUGAGUCCGAACAAGGGAGUUCUGACGAAGCACCGGCGCAAUGAUUCGGCCAAAGUCUCGAAAUGA